AUGGAGGUGGCGGGGUGGGAGGACAAGGACGCGUUGCUAGACAGCGCGUGGAUGGACGCCGCCACCAAGGACGACGAACCCGAAGACGACGAACCCAACGCUGACGACUUCCGUCGCUCUCGCACGUUUACGUCGUCCAUACUCUCCCGAAUUACCGCGUCAACACCUGGAAGAGGCGAGUCGAGCAGAGCGACCCCGCGCGGAGCCAGCGACGGCAAGGCGGCGUCUAGCGGCGGCAGCGCCAAGGACGGCCCGAGGCCGCCCAAGUGGCUCAACUUCCGGGGCUCCGCGAGCAAGGGGGCAUCCGACGACAGCAGCAAGGCGGCGGCUACUCCAAGUGCGAAUCGGACCGCAUCCUCGAGAACUUCGGACGCCAAUUGGUCCGACAAGCAGUUGUCGCCUCCGGCAGACACGUCUGCGGCUGACGAGCCGUCAAUGGACGAUCUUCGUCGAUCCAUUACCGUGUCCGCCGUUGAUAGAAGCUCGUUGCGCCGGCAGCACAAGGAGAUGGGCACCCUCCGCGCCACUGCCGAGGUUGCGAACAAGAAGGCGAGCGCGCAUGGCGGCAGGAUCAGCGCCUCCACCGGCGUCGGUAGCGGAUUGGAUGCACCGGGUGCUCAACCCAACCCGGGAAACGCGGGUGGGCUUGCACGGACGCGAUCCGGCGGAAGCGCAACAUCGGUGGUGUCGCGACCUCCCGCCCCCGUGUCGGCCGCUAAAGUCGCCUUCUUCUCGUUCAAUAAACACCGCGAGGCCGUCGCUGGCGCGGAACAUGCGGAGCAGCUGACGCUUUCCGCGGAUGAGCAGAAGGCGCGCGGACAAUCGGGGGAAGCUGUCGCGCGGAAAGGCUAUGGGCGGCGGGCGCAGAGCAUUGGUGGAACGGCAGGGGAGCUGCGCGGAAGAGGGGGCAUUCCGGAUGGCGGGAGGGCUUCAUUGGGAGGCCCGGUGCGGGCCAGCUUGGGAAGGAGUCGCAGUGUGGGCAACGCUCAGAGCGACGCGGGCAGCCAUGGUCUCUCGCCGCUGCACCCGUCCGCCUCCCGCCUCUCCGCCCACUCCGACCGCCCCGCCUCCCCGCAGCUCAUGCGCCGCCCCCGCGGCCACUCCGCCUCAAUGCUGCCCCCCACAGUGCGCACCUCCACGCCUCCCCGCGCGCCCGACCCAGGCGAGCGCCCAGGCUCGUCCCUGUCCGAACGAGGGAGUGGGCCGACUGGCAGGCGUAAGAGUGGUGUGUCUAGGCGAAAGGAAGGGGGGGUAUCAGUAGGAGGCUCGGAACGAACGGGGUCGCCCCUUUCACGAGGAGCUUAUAGCGGGUACGGAACUGAGGAUGGGCCAGGGAGUGUUGCAAGCGCGGGGCUCGUGGGGGGCAACGGGGAAGGCGAAUACGAGCAGUACCAGCAGCGGGGGAGCAGAGGGCGCGGGAUGGGCGCAGGGGGAGGGGCGCAAGGGGGAAGGCAUGGGCGGCAGAAAUCAAGCAGCAGCAAUGGAGGGGGUGAAGGGGAGGGCGUGCGAGGGGGGAUGAGCGGAGGUGGGCGUGUAGAGGGGGGAGCGAGUGCGGGGAGAAUGGGGAGGGGAAGCGUGGCAGUGAGGGGAGUUGCGGGUGGGGGGGCUGCGAGUGGCGGGAGAGGAUCGGCAGGCGGGCAUGUGUACGGGUAUGGCAGAGGAGGGGCGGCGAUUGAAGGGGGGGAGGAUGAGGGGUAUGGAGAGGGAGGGGUGUGGGAGGAGGAAUUUGAUAGUGGGGAAGGGGCGGGGGGGCUGGUGGGUGCUAAGGAGCAGCAGCAGCAGCAGUGGCAGGGGCAGGGGCAGCAGCAGUGGCAAGGGCAGGGGCAGGGGCAGCAGCAGUGGCAGGGGCAGCACAUGCAGGCGCAGCAAGGGCAUGUGGAUGGGUAUUCAAGUGGAUACGUGGAUGAUGAAGGGAGGUACUCGGGCGAUCAAGAGGGGGAGGAGCAGCAGGGAGGCGACGAGUGGUAUGAGGGAGGGGAAGGGGGGGAUCCUGGGGCGUACGCGCAGCAAGGGGCGUGCGGUGAGGGCGCAUACGAGGAGGGCGUGUAUGGCGGCGAAGAGGGCUAUGAUGAACAGGUUGGGGGGACGCAGGGUUAUGGCAUGCAGGCAGGGUAUGAAGCAGGGUACGGCGAGGCAGGGCGUGCGGAGCAGGGGUAUGGGCGGCAGGGGAAGCGGGGCGGAGGUCACAGCGAGUACAGCGAGACAGGGUAUGGGGAGCAGGACCAUGUGCCGCAAGGGUAUCAUGACACAGGGUAUAACGAUCAGGGGUAUAGCGAAGAAGUGUAUACUGAGCAGGCAUAUAACGAGCAGGGGUAUAACGAGCAGGGAUACAACGAGCAGGGAUAUAACGAGCAGGGAUAUAAUCAGCAGGGAUAUAACGAGCAGAAUUAUAACAAGGAAACGUACAACGAACAAGGGUAUGUAGAAGAUGGGUUUGGAGGGCAAGGGUAUGAGCAGGGGUAUGUGGAGCAGGGAUAUGGAGGGCAGGGGUAUGGGGAGCAGGGGCAGGAGGGGCAGGGAUACGAGGAGGACGAGUACUACGAGGAGCAAGGCAGCGGUGGGGGUGGGGGAUACAGCCAAGGCCGAGGGGGGCAGUACGCGGUUCAGGUGCAACCUGGGCGUCAGCAGUACCAGCAGCAGCGGCAGCAGGCCUCACAGCAGCAGGAGUAUUCCGCGCAGCAGCAAGGGUAUCCCCAGCAGAAACAGCAACAACAGCAGGCGCAGCAGCAGGGUGCUGGGAGGUCGUCAAGAAAGGGGUCACUGGGAGCAGCAGGUGCAGGGGGGGCAGGGGGGGGAGCAGAGAUGGGCGGCGGAGGCACGACAGGAGCCGCUGCGCCCCGAGGCAGGGCCUCCAACCACCAGCCCCCGCAGUCGCAUCAGCAGCCGGCCAAUCGGCGCCCGCCAAGUGGAGGGGCGAAGGGUGCUGGUGUCUCUCGCAGUCGAGGAGGUGCAGGAGGUGGGGGAGGGUACUGA